AUGAGUAAAGCAAAGUCAAUUCAAAAUUCAGCCAAAAAUGAUCAAGCAAGUAUCCUGAAGACUACGAAUCAACGAUUUGAUAUCAUCUCAAAUAAAAUAGAGAAAUUAUUAAAUAAUCCAAAGUUAAAUCAACAAUAUAAAUCACAAUUACUUGCACAAUUAUCCAAGACUAAGCAAUUAAAGAUAAAUGCGGAAGAAAAAAUCAAAGAAAACAAUACAAAUUCCACUGAUUACGUUAAUAAUUCUAUUGACUCUUUAAAGAAUAGUAAUGAUUUCGAUAAAAAUCAACCAAAUAGUUAUGAUGAUGCUACUUCUGAUGAAAAAUUUGAAUCAAUGAGCUCACCAUUUGAAUAUGAAACGAAACAGCAAAUACAACCUGAACAAAAUGUUAAUAAAACUACUAUAGAUGAAAUAACUAACCAAGUUUUCCAAUUACAAUCAAAGAUUGACAUUAUUAAAUCUCAAAAUGAUCAAUUGAAGCUACAAAUUCUAGAUGAAAAGGAAAAAUCCGAGAAAUUAGAAAAAGAAAACCAAAAUCUUAACGAACUGAAUGAUAAUUUCAGAUAUCUUAAUGAAAAUCUUCAAACUCAAGUUCAAGAAUUGAAUGAGCGUUUGAAAGCAUCAGCGAUAGCUGUGGAAACUUCAAUAGAUACUAGUUCUUACGACAAACAAAUUAAAAAGCUGCAAGAAGAGAAUGAUCAGCUCAAAAUGCAACUACAAGCAAGUCAAGAGCAGAUAAAGCAGUUUUCUCAGAAUUCGCAGAACUUGGAGUCACUUUUUAUCCAAGUAAAAAAGAAAUCAGAAAUAAUUGCAAAGAAGAAUGUUCAUUUGAAGAAAAUGCUUUCAGAGUCACAGUCUAUGCUUGAAAAUAACUCUAAAUUUAAUGAAAUUGAGAACAAAGUUAAAGAAUUAGAAAAUGAUAACUCAAAAUUGAAAGAAGAGAAUGCCACAUUGCGAUCUCAGUUAGGACUUGAUGAAAGUAAAAAUGAGAGAAAGAAACUAGAGUUAAUUGAGAGUUUAAUUGAAACAUCAAAGUCAAUGAUUGAUAGUGAUGAUAUUAGCUUUUCUGAUGAAGAAGGAAACCAAUCUAAUGUAUAA